AUGGACCACCUUUGCAGCGCUCAAGUAGCCCUUCUCUGUGAUCUGUGUCAAAUGGCUGAAUUACAGAGCCAUUGUGAACUUUGUCAAAUUAACCUGUGUAAGGCCUGUGUAGGGGAGCAUUUCUCUGAUUCAUCUAAAAGACACAAUGUUGUACCUUACACACAAAGAGUCUCUGCUCCUCACUUCCCUAAAUGUCCAAACCACACCCAGAAUCGUUGUGAAUUUCACUGUAACAAAUGUAAUAUUCCUGUCUGUUCUAUUUGCCUAUCCAAUAUUGAACACAAAGGACAUGAUGUAUCAAACGUUCUACAAAAGCAGCUCGAGCCUGUCCCCCCGGUCCCGAAGAGAUCCAUGUCAUCACGAAAGUCCCCCUCCCUCACCUCCACGAUGGGACCUUUAUUACUACAGUUGAAGGAGGAGUACAGAGAAGACUAUGGACGUCGCGGACAGAGGACGGAGGCCGUGGACAAGCUCAGGAAUGCCUUCGUGCUAAAGAGGACGGAUAUUGUCGUAGACGAGCUAAGAUAUGCAUUCGAAUUCGCUGAACGAUUGUGUGCCGGAAUCACCGACGACUUUUUAAAUGGGGUCAUCAGUCGCCUGUCAAACACAGCAGCAGUACCGGAGGCAGAGAUCAGACGGGCGUUAGACAGAGUCAAAAGGUAG